CUCUCUCACUCUCCAUUUCUCAAAAUCUCUCAACUCUCUUUCUCCCAUGGCUUCUUCUUACAUAAUAUCACCAAACACAGCCAAACUCAAUCUCUCCUUUGCACCUUCAGAUCUCGAUGCUCCUUCACCGUCAUCCUCCGUUAGUUACACCAACACCAAGUCCAGACGCCGUAAAUUCUCAACAAACUCUGUCACAGACUCUCCGGCUUUAUUAACUUUCCCAAAUUACCCUUCGCCAAACCCCAUAAUUCCGGAGAAGGACACUUCUCACUGGAAUCCUCUCCAACGCGCCGCCUCCGCCGCUUUCGACUUCGCCGAGGCCGCAUUACUCUCUCGCGAGCGUUCUCAGCCUCUUCCUAAAACCGUUGAUCCUCGCCAUCAGAUCUCCGGUAACUACGCUCCGGUGCCGGAGCAAUCCGUUAAAUCAUCACUCUCCGUUACCGGGAAAAUCCCUGACUGCAUUGACGGCGUUUAUUUACGUAACGGCGCUAAUCCACUCUUCGAGCCAGUCUCUGGCCAUCACCUCUUCGACGGAGACGGCAUGGUUCACGCCGUUAAAAUUACUAACGGAGACGCGAGUUACUCGUGCCGGUUUACGGAAACCGAGAGAUUGGUUCAGGAGAAACGUCUUGGUUCUCCGAUUUACCCUAAAGCCAUAGGCGAGCUACACGGUCACACCGGUAUCGCUCGGUUGAUGCUAUUUUACGCACGUGGUUUAUUCGGUUUACUAAAUCACCGUAACGGAACCGGAGUCGCUAACGCCGGUUUGGUUUAUUUCCACGACCGGUUAUUAGCAAUGUCUGAAGACGAUCUCCCUUACCAAGUUCGCGUCACCGAUGAUGGCGAUCUCGAGACCGUCGGAAGAUUCGACUUCGACGGACAAUUAAACUCCGCCAUGAUCGCUCACCCUAAAAUUGACCCUGAAACGAAGGAGCUAUUCGCGUUGAGCUACGACGUCGUUAAGAAACCGUACCUGAAAUACUUCAGAUUCUCGCCGGAAGGGGAGAAGUCGCCGGACGUUGAGAUUCCUCUCGCGAGUCCGACGAUGAUGCACGAUUUCGCUAUCACUGAGAACUUCGUCGUGAUUCCUGAUCAACAAGUUGUGUUUAAGCUCUCCGACAUGUUUCUCGGGAAAUCACCGGUUAAGUACGACGGAGAGAAAGUUUCCCGGUUUGCAAUUUUGCCGAAAAACGCAGAGGACGCGUCGGAGAUGAUCUGGGUAGAGUCUCCGGACACUUUCUGUUUCCACUUGUGGAACGCUUGGGAGUCACCGGAGACUGAUGAGGUUGUUGUGAUCGGAUCUUGUAUGACUCCGGCGGAUUCGAUCUUCAACGAGUGUGAUGAGCAGCUCAACAGUGUUUUGUCUGAAAUCCGGUUAAAUCUUAAAACCGGAAAAUCCACGCGAAGAACUAUAAUUCCCGGUUCGGUUCAGAUGAAUCUUGAAGCUGGUAUGGUGAACCGGAAUUUUCUUGGGAGGAAAACCCGGUACGCGUACCUAGCCAUAGCCGAACUGUGGCCUAAAGUAUCUGGAUUCGCUAAAGUGGAUCUUUCAACCGGAGAAGUUAAAAAUCAUUUUUACGGUUAUAAAAAAUACGGAGGUGAACCUUUUUUCUUACCCAGAGGGUUAGAAUCCGACGGAGAAGAUGACGGUUACAUUAUGUCGUUUGUUCACGACGAGGAGAGUUGGAAAUCGGAGCUUCAGAUUGUUAACGCCGUUACGUUGGAACUGGAAGCAACCGUUAAGUUGCCAUCAAGAGUACCGUAUGGUUUUCACGGCACGUUCGUAAAUUCUGCUGAUAUGGUAAACCAGGCUUGAUAUGUAGUAAACUGAAACCGGUCAUGGUUGGUUUAUUGUGCAUAUGGCAGAUUUUAGUUUUUUCUUUUUGUGGAAACAAAUACUAGUUUUCUAAAGCAAAAGCGGCGGGAGCCGGCUUGUAGCUAGUGUAAGUAUAAUUUUUGUGAGCUCAGCUGCUUUCUGUUGCAUUUUUUUUCCUGGUGUAAA